AUGGGGCUCUUAGAUCCAAUUUGGGAUGCUUUUAACAAAACUGGAUUGCGUGAUCUGAAGACAAAACGAUAUCCUGUUCAAUGCAAUUACUGUAAUAAAGAUUUUGAUGGAAGAAUUGAUGCAAUGUAUAUUCAUAUAAUUGAUCAUUUUAAAGAUAUUCCACAACCUGAUAGAUUUAAAUUUAUUGAAUUACAAGCUAAAAAAACUACUGCCUCUCGUAUUAUUAAAAGUAAAAGUGUAGAUAAUGAUGAUCGAGUUUCAGAAGAUACUUUGUCAGUUUUAAAAAAACCAAAAACUUCAAGUAAUCAAUCUCAAACAACAAUAAAUUCUUAUUAUACUCGUCCUUUAACUAAAGAUAAUAUUAAUAUAAUUCAUGAAGCAUUGGUUAAAUUUUUUAUUACUUGUGGUAUUUCUUUUCGCAUUAUUGAAAGCAAAUAUUUUCGUGAUUUUCUUGCACUUCUUAAUAUUAAUUACUUACCUCCAUCAAAAUAUAAACUUAUUCGUGAUUUAAUUCCUAAAAUUUAUAGUCAAAUUCUUUUAAAAAUUAUAGAUUCUUUAAAGUUUUGUAAAGAUUUAACAUUAAUAUUUGAUGGUUGGACAACUAUUUCAAAUAGUUCUGUUUAUGCAUUUUUUGCUAUAACUAGUUAUGGUGAUAUUCAUAUGUUAGGUUUAGAAGAAUUUGAAAAUCAACGUCAUACAAGUGAAAAUAUUGCAAAUAUAGCUAUAGAGACAAUUAAUAAAAUUGGAUUACAUAUGGAACAAUUUAGCUGGAUUGUAACUGAUAGCCCAAAUGUAAUGAAAAAAUGCCGAAUUCUCUCAUAUUCUAUUGCAAGAGAAGUUAUGAUAAAAAAUAACAAAUUAAUAAGUUUUUUUAAAACAUCACAUAUUUGGUCUAAACGUUUAGAAACUUGGCACCAAGCUCAACCAGAUGUUAAUCAUGGAUUAGCAACAUGGACUAAUAUUCGCUGGUACUCUGCAUAUAAUAAUGUAAAAUCAAUAUUUUUACAUGAAUCUGGAUUUUGUCAACUUCUUAAUCAUAAUGAAGCUAAACAAUCAAAAACUGGAUUAGAACUUGAUUUAGAUCUUUGUACAUUAGCAAUAUUUUGUUAUCCUAAAACUCGAAAAUUUGCGAUUUCAAAAGAAAAAACAUUAUUAGAUAUACAAACAACUGCAAUUAACCUUAUAAAAAAAUGGAAUUGGAAUAAACAAUCAGCAUUAGACAUAAAAAAUGGACUAGCAGAUUAUUUAAAUUUUAUUGGUGACUUUAAUUUAGAUAAGGGAAUUCCAAUAGAUGAUCCACGUAUAUAUUGGGACCAUAUUCUAAAUCCAAAAUAUGCUGCUCUUGUUAUAUUUGUUAAACGUAUUCUUUCUCUUGUUCCUCAUGCAGCAGAAACAGAAAGAUGUUUUUCAAUUCUUGGAUAUAAUAAUACAAAGUACCGUAAUAAUAUGAGAACUAAUACAUUAAAAAUUAUAGGUCAAAUUAAAACCUGGUUACGUCAAAAUGAAUCUAGUGAAAUUCAAAUCAAAAAUUCAAAACAAGAUAAUGAAAUAAAUUCAGAAGAAAUUUAUGAUAUCGAUGAUUGGGAUGAUAAUAUUAAUGAUACUUUAACUUCUAUAGAAUUAAAAGAUGAAUUAGAGACUUUUUUCGAAGAAGAACAAGCAGAACUUGAAGACAUUACAAAUUUAACACCAAAGUUCAUAAUUGAACAAUUAGUUGAUAUUAACGAUCCUAUUUUUUAUAAUCAAACUGCAUUAAAUAAUUUUAUAGAUGAAAGUUUAGUUAUUGAUGAAAAUAACGAUAGUGAUUGGGAUAUAAAUACAAUAAUGGAUAAUUA